CUGCGCAACUGAUCGUUUCGUUGCAAACGUCAUUGUACGUGUGGUGCGGGAGCUAGCACUACGGCCGUAUUCGAAAUGACACACUACUUGUCUCAUUUCGAGUCUGGAUCUAAAUCGGUAUUUGGGUCGACCGCGGUGAGCGUAUGCUCAGCCCAUGCCUCUUGUCCGUCAUGAGUGUCAGCAGCAACGACGCUGGACCGCCGGAUACUGGCACCUCAGGUCCAAUACUUUUCCAAGCACUUCUCCAGUAUCUCUUGCAAGGGGUUGUCUUGUCACAGGGCAUAAAGUUUUCGGGUUCGCAAGAGGACCACAACGAUUGCAUCGCAAUGCGAAUAUACGUCGUCGCAUUGAUUUUGCUUUCGAUACUGCAGACAAGUCUCGAAACGUAUAAAGUCUGGCAUGAAGUCAUUGACCGCCGGCACUGGUACUUAAGCCCAUUGCAUUGGUCUGAAUUCCUUCUGAAUGGGAUCAUAUGCACCUGGUCAACUCUCGUACUUGUUACGCUUGUCGCGAACGUGAUUCUGGCGGUUCGGAUCGAGACAACCAUUGGUGCCGACAGUGGAUAUGCCGACCCGCUGCGGGCAGGCCAUUGGUGCUUUCCAUUAUGGGUAUUCGGAUCUCUCCUGCUGUCGCUAGGCUUGACUGGCAUAUUGUCAUGGUGUCUCUACAAAAGCAGAACUGGCGUCAGCCAGACAGAUAAGGUCGUCCAAACCAUCAUUAACGCCACCUGGGAAACCGCGUCAUUGCCUACGGCUUGCGCCAUCAUUGCCGCAGCUUUCUACUGUAGCAAGGAGCUUACCAAAGUCAGGCACCUCGACCUGUUCUUCAUCCUACUCACAGCGAAGCUCUAUACCCUCGGUAUCCUGCGAACCUUGAACUUGCGCGCCAGGUUCCGGGAACGCCUGAUGUCCCAUGACCUAGGUGGCCGUCAGUCUUUGAGUGACUUUCAGUGGAAUUCCGGUGGCUCAGCGCGGACAGGCUCAGCGGACCAGGCUUGCGUCGGGCCCCUUGAGCCCGUCAGUCCUAAGACCGUGCCAGCCCCCACUUCGAGAAUGGUAGAGCAUAGUAGAGGAUUGCCCAGUUGUAUGUGAGAAAACCCAGCUGGGGCCAGCCGUCCAAGUGUAUGGACAUCGUGACAAGUUUGGCGCAUUAGCCUCAGCCGUGCC